CUUUGAUUUCUCCGUCCUCUGCCCCUCUUCUUCAUUUUCCUUCUAAUUUCCAACGGACUCCUCGAGGUCCUUCCAACUCUUAUAACUUCAUUUCUCAGAUCUCUCUGUAUUCACAUCUUCAUCUUUCAUCUCUAAUCUUUCUCUUCCUCGAAAAUGCAGUCUUCACUCUCACUCUCGUUCUCUGCUACCUCCUCAGCCGCCACCGUUUCCAGAUCACACCACUCUUUUCCGGUCACAUCCGCCGGCAAGCCUCUCAAUCUCCGCUUCUGCGGUUUGAGGCGCGAGGCAUUAGGUUUAGGUUUUACCACUUCUCUCAAUCGCCAUCACCUGCAGCUUCCUCGCCGCUCACACUUCAACACAGUUUCAGCUGCGCUCUCCGAUAAUGGCACUCCUCCCAAAUCCUUCGAUUACGAUUUACUGAUUAUCGGCGCUGGUGUUGGUGGCCAUGGUGCUGCGCUUCAUGCUGUCGAGAAGGGUUUAAAAACUGCCAUUGUUGAAGGAGACGUGGUGGGAGGGACAUGCGUAAACAGAGGCUGUGUUCCUUCGAAAGCACUUUUGGCUGUAAGUGGUCGUAUGCGAGAAUUAAAGAGCGAUCAUCACUUGAAGUCCUUGGGCUUGCAGGUUUCUGCUGCUGGGUAUGACAGACAAGGAGUCGCUGAUCAUGCUAAUAAUCUUGCUUCAAAAAUCCGUAGUAAUUUGACCAACUCAAUGAAAGCGCUUGGAGUGGACAUACUUACUGGAUAUGGAACUAUUUUGGGUCCUCAAAAGGCCAGAGUUGGCUCUUCCAACAGCAUAGUAACUGCAAAAGAUAUCAUCAUUGCCACUGGUUCUGUUCCUUUCGUUCCUAAGGGCAUUGAAAUUGAUGGGAAGACUGUGAUUACCAGUGAUCAUGCACUCAAACUAGAGUCUGUUCCUGAUUGGAUAGCAAUUGUUGGAAGUGGUUAUAUUGGCCUUGAAUUCAGUGAUGUAUAUACAGCACUCGGAAGUGAGGUUACUUUUGUUGAAGCUUUAGAUCAGCUUAUGCCUGGAUUUGAUCCUGAAAUUAGCAAGUUGGCUCAAAGGGUUCUUAUAAACCCCCGGAACAUUGACUAUCAUACUGGAGUUUUUGCAACCAAGAUCACGCCUGCAAGGGAUGGAAAACCUGUCUUGAUCGAGCUUAUUGAUGCAAAAACCAAGGAACCAAAGGAAACUUUGGAGGUUGAUGCAGCACUAAUUGCAACUGGAAGGGCUCCAUUCACGCAAGGUCUUGGAUUGGAGAAUAUUGAUGUGGUAACACAGCGUGGUUUUGUUCCUGUGGAUGAGCGCAUGCGAGUAAUUGAUGCAAAUGGCAAGCUGGUACCUCAUUUAUACUGUAUUGGCGAUGCAAAUGGCAAGAUGAUGCUUGCUCAUGCUGCCAGUGCACAAGGAAUUUCAGUGGUUGAACAAGUAACUGGAAGAGAUCAUGUGCUCAAUCAUUUAAGUAUCCCAGCUGCUUGCUUCACUCAUCCUGAAAUUAGCAUGGUUGGAUUGACAGAGCCUCAGGCAAGGGAGAAAGGUGAAAAAGAGGGGUUUGAAGUAAGUGUUUCCAAAACAAGUUUUAAAGCUAACACGAAGGCCCUUGCUGAAAAUGAAGGGGAAGGACUUGCCAAGUUGAUAUACAGACCUGACAAUGGAGAAAUACUAGGAGUUCAUAUUUUUGGUUUGCAUGCAGCAGAUCUCAUCCAUGAAGCAUCCAAUGCAAUAGCACUAGGGACACGUAUUCAGGACAUAAAAUUUGCAGUCCAUGCACAUCCAACUUUGUCUGAGGUUCUUGAUGAGCUAUUUAAAUCAGCAAAGGUUAAAGCACAGGCUUCUAGCCCAGUAAGUGAACCAGUUGCAGUCUAAACUUCCCGAAGUAUAAAUUUUUGAAGAAAUUUGCUUGUACUAGGGACUUCCAAAUUCUUACGCAUCUUCAGGCGGAAGACGAGAGCACAUUCAGAAUCCUGUAAAAGAAGGGAAUCGUUUGAGGGAGAUCACUAAUGGCCCGAGAAGGGAUAGCCGCGGAAUAUUACAUGUAUUGUUAUCUUUUUUUCUUGGUAUAGUUGAUGCCUGUCAAAGAUGCUUAUGUUCAUUAAUAUUGCAUUUUUUAAACUAGUUUGCUUCUCAUAAUUAUAGUCAACGGGAAGGCCUUUGAGAGUGGCCUAUUUCACAGAGUGCU